AUGGUGAAUAAUGCUUCUAUGGACAUAGGUGCACUCUGGACAUGUGGAACCAAGCUUAGUCUUCACACAAAACCUCAGAUGCCUCCAUGUGACUUCAUACCUGAAAAAUACAAGGCCCUUCCCUAUAACCGUGUUCUGGAGAUCCACGAGCAGCAUCUCUCUCCAGUGGUGACAGCAUACUUUAAGAAGCCCUUGUUGCUCCACCAGGGGCAUAUGGAAUGGCUGUUUGAUUCUGAUGGAAACAGAUACCUGGAUUUCUUCUCAGGAAUUGUCACUGUCAGUGUUGGUCACUGUCACCCGAAGAUCAACACUGAGGCUCAAGAGCAGCUUAACCGCCUGUGGCACACGAGUACUGUCUUUUUCCAUGCCCCAGUGCAUGAAUAUGCAGAGAAGCUCUCUGCACUUCUUCCUGACCCUCUGAAGGUCAUUUUUUUGACAAACAGUGGUUCCGAAGCCAAUGACCUGGCCAUGCUGUUGGCCAGAGCUCACACAAAUAGCACAGACAUCAUCUCAUUCAGAGGAGCUUACCAUGGAUGUAGUCCUUACACUCUCGGCUUGACAAGUGUAGGAUCCUACAAGACAGAACUCCCAGUGGGAACGGGUUGCCAAGCAACCAUGUGCCCGGAUGUUUUCCAUGGCCCUUGGGGAGGAAGCCAUUGUAGAGAUUCUCCGGUGCAGACAACUAGGAAAUGCAGCUGUGCACCAGAAAGUUGCCAAGCUAAAGACCUGUAUGUAGAGCAAUUCAAAGAUACUCUGAACACAGUCGUAGCCAAAUCAGUUGCUGGAUUUUUUGCAGAACCAAUUCAAGGUGUAAAUGGGGUUAUUCAGUACCCUAAGGGGUUUCUGAAAGAAGCCUUCCAGCUGGUUCGAGAGAAGGGAGGCGUAUGCAUCGCAGAUGAAAUACAGACAGGAUUUGGAAGGUUAGGCUCUCACUUCUGGGGCUUCCAAACCCACGGUGUCCUGCCUGACAUUGUCACCAUGGCUAAAGGCAUUGGGAAUGGCUUUCCCAUGGCAGCGGUUGUUACAACUCCAGAGAUUGCCAAGUCUCUGAGUAAACGCCUACUUCACUUCAACACCUUCGGUGGUAACCCCUUGGCCUGUGCUAUCGGCUCAGCUGUGCUCAAGGUGAUUAAGGAAGAUAUCCUCCAGGAAAACAGCCACGAAGUUGGUACCUAUAUGCUGCUGAAGCUUGCCAAGCUGCGGGAUGAAUUUGACAUUGUGGGAGACGUCAGAGGCAAAGGCCUCAUGAUAGGAAUGGAAAUGGUGAAGGACAAGUCGAGUCGCCAGCCUCUUCCUCGUGAAGAAGUGAAUCAAAUCCAUGAGGCCUGCAAACAGAUGGGACUCCUAAUUGGCAGAGGUGGCAUUUUCUUCCAGACAUUCCGCAUUGCGCCCUCAAUGUGCAUCACAAAACCAGAAGUCGAUUUUGCAGUAGAAGUUAUUCGUUCUGCCUUAAUUCAGCACAUGGAGAGAAGAGCUGAGUAA